UAUACCAUUUUUAUAUACUCUGUGGCAAAGCGAUAUACAAAAUGGAGACCGUGUCUAUAUCAUAUGCAUAUAAAUUGUUCAUCGCCAUUUUAGUUUUUAUAGACUUAAGUUUUACACACGAACCAAUAAUAGAUAAACCUGUGCGGGAUCGCGAUAUUAUGAGCGCCAGGGUAGAGAGUUGUGGUGGAUGUAAAGUGAACCGUUUAAAACAUGUUAAAAGGUUUAUAGAGAAUGACGUGGCUUUAUUUCAUAACGUUAAACUGAACAGAAUUCAUGGAGCUAAUCCAGACUUGGUCUUCUUAAACAGACAUGGUGAAGUGGUGGAGCGAGUAGACCUAACCCCAUAUAAUCAAAAAGAACUGAACCUUAUACUGGUUCGUAAAGGGUUUUAUAAACGAACAUAUUUGGAUGAAGAAGUGCCAGAAAGGUUUCAGACAGGACCAUACGGGGUCAGACGGAAGCCCAAAUUUCAGAUUGAUAUCGACGACGGCCAGGAUCUAUAUGUUGGCCAAGCUAAAGAUGUGAAACCACGUCGUGAUGAGUUAUAAGACACUGAAAGGCCAAUUACAAACAUUAUUUCCGGUGGUCUGUUGUACCGUCUUGUCAAGUUUGUUCCUAGGAAAUGAAUACUAACAACUCUUCAAUCUCCCUAGCUCAUUUUCCUAGCUUCAAAUGUUAUAUAAAUUAUAGUUGAGACAUUUAUUCAUAUGACAAGCCCAUAUACAACUCUCUAAGUCAUCGGAUGGUUUGGCUAUAAAUGGAUUAAAACAGCUAUUGAACGGAUAAUCUUUAUUAUUGUAACAGUGGUACAUGACAAUCGAAACUAUCUUGUUAAAACUUCAAUUACUCGUAACUACGCUCAGAAUAAAGACAUGUGAUUGAAAUGUUCAA